GAUUAGGGUUUUUGACAGGGUUUAAUGAAAUAAAUUGAUGCUUUCUGUCUCUGUCGCUGCACAAAAUCAUGGCCAAAAGCUAUCCAAUGGAAAUCAAUAAAAUGCACAAAACAUUAAUCGAACUAGAAUCUGAAGAAGAAGAAGAAGAGGAAGAAGAAGAAAACGGUGACUGGGAAGAUUGGAGAGACGAUGAUGGAGAAGAGGAAUCGGAAUCGAAUUUUCGCUGCUUGUUUUGUGAUUCUAAGUAUAGUGCGUGCACUGAAUUACUCGAUCAUUGUAGUUUGAUUCAUAAAUUUGAUUUUCGGGGCAUAAGGAAACAGUUGAGCUUGGAUUUCUAUAGCUCAUUCAAGCUCAUCAACUAUGUCCGCUGUCAGGUGGCACAAAACAGAUGUUGGAGUUGUGGGCUUACCUGUAAGUCCAACAGAGAUUUACAGUGUCAUUUACAUGACGCAGUGAACCUUGAAGACAUUAAGCCUUUAUGGGAUGAUGAUAAAUAUCUUAAGCCUUUUAUUCAAGAUGAUUCACUCUUGUACAGUUUUGCUGAAGAUGAAGAAGGUGAAGAUGAUUUUACCUCGUCAGUGUAUAAAGAGGAGGUCAUAAGGGAUUUGGCGAAUAUUGAAAAAAUUUGUCUUGAAGAUGACAACACUGGACAGAAUUCUGAAGCUAGUUCUAACAGUUUUGAAAGAAACGAAAUGAAAGAGGUUGCAUCUGUUUCGAAGGGCCCUUUGAAUCUUGUUGCAAAGGAUAUAAAGAAAGUCAAUGACAAUUAUUUUGGUGCUUAUAGUUCAUUUGGUAUCCACAGAGAGAUGAUAAGUGAUAAGGUAAGGAUGGAUGCUUAUAGCCAAGCUAUCUUGAAAAAUCCUGCACUCCUGACUGGUGCUGUUGUGAUGGAUUUAGGUUGCGGAACUGGCAUACUAAGUCUUUUUGCAGCCCAAGCAGGGGCUUCAAGAGUGAUUGCAGUUGAAGCCAGUGAGAAGAUGGCUGCAGUGGCAACUCAGAUUGCCAAGGACAAUGGCCUUUGGCAUAAUGAAAGCAAUGAUCAGUGCACUGGGGUAAUAGAGGUAGUUCAAGGAAUGGUUGAAGAGCUUGAUAAAUACAUACAAAUCGAACCACAUAGCAUUGAUGUGUUAUUGAGUGAAUGGAUGGGUUAUUGCCUACUCUAUGAGUCAAUGCUUAGCUCAGUGCUCCUUGCAAGAGAUAAAUGGUUGAAGCCUGGAGGUGCCAUUCUCCCUGACACAGCAACUAUUUAUGCUGCGGGUUUUGGAAGGGGUGGUACUAGUCUUCCAUUUUGGGAAGAUGUGUAUGGUUUCAAUAUGUCUUGCAUUGGCAAAGAACUUGUUCAGGAUGCUGCUCAAAUUCCUGUUGUUGAUGUUGUGGAUGAUUGUGAUCUAGUGACUGAUGCUACUGUUCUCCAGACUUUUGACCUGGCAACCAUGAAGCCUGGAGAGGUGGAUUUCACUGCAAGCAUUGAACUCAAACCAAAGUCAUGUAGUUUGGCUAGCAACUCCAUUGAAAUGGCGUCCAAAACAAUUUGUUGCUAUGGGGUUGUACUGUGGUUUGAUACUGGUUUUACCACCAGGUUCUGCAAAGAAACACCAGCUGUGUUGUCGACAUCCCCCUGCACUCCUAAAACGCAUUGGUCGCAAACUAUCCUCACCUUCCGGGAACCAAUAGCAAUGGCACCAGAAAAUCUCCCUGCUGAUGGUAGAUCUGCAGCUGUUGGCACACAUGCAUUCCCUGCUGCAACAAUUCAGUUGCGUAUUAGCAUCGUCCGUGCUGCCCAACAUCGGAGCAUUGACAUAUCAAUGGAAACUGUUAGUGUUGGCCCUGAUGGUCGGAAGCGCAGUUGGCCUGUUCAAAUGUUUAAUCUUUCUUAGAAUAUUUAGAGUAGAGCAAACUUUAAGAUUAUACCAUUCGGCGUUGUUGUAGCUUGUAUUGCUAUCAGUUUUGUAUCCUUGCUUAUAACACAUGGAAAUUUGGUGAUAAGCAUUACUUUUCAUGAAUUUUUUGAUGUUGCAUCACCAUUAUAUUUCUCUAGAUAAGUUUUGGAUAUUAUUGUUUCUUAAA